AUGGCGCUGAACUACGGGCUUUUCGUCUGCUUUCUGCUCUGGGGAGGCACCGAGCUGUGCUGCUCCCAGCCCAUAUUGCAGACAGGGACCCCCCGCGUUGUGGUGGAGUGCCUGGAGGCCCAGCUCCUGGUCACUGUCAGCAAAGACCUCUUUGGCACCGGGAAGCUCAUCAGGCCUGCAGACCUCACCCUGGGCCCCGAGGACUGUGAGCCCCUGGACUCUGUGGGCACCGAUGACGUGGUUAGGUUUGAGGUUGGGCUACAUGAGUGUGGCAACAGCCUGCAGGUGACCGAGGACGCCUUGGUGUACAGCACUUUCCUGCUCCACAACCCCCGCCCCGUGGGAAACCUGUCCAUCGUGAGGACAAACCGCGUGGAGGUGCCCAUAGAGUGCCGCUUCCCCAGGCAGGGCAACGUGAGCAGCCACGGCAUCCUCCCCACCUGGGUGCCCUUCAGGACCACAGUGUUCUCAGAGGAGAAGCUGGUUUUCUCCUUGUACCUGAUGGAGGAGAACUGGAGCUCUAAGAAGAGGUCCCCCACCUUCCAGCUGGGAGACACAGCCCACCUGCAGGCCGAAGUCCACACUGGCAGCCACGUGCCACUGCGACUGUUCGUGGACCACUGUGUGGCCACCCCGACGCCAAAUCGGAAUGCCUCCCCUUAUCACACCAUCGUGGACUUCCAUGGUUGUCUCGUGGAUGGCCUCUCCGAUGCUUCAUCUGCUUUCAAAGCACCCCGACCGGGGCCGGAGACUCUCCAGUUCACAGUGGAUGUGUUCCACUUUGCUAAUGACUCCAGAAACAUGAUAUAUAUCACCUGCCAUCUGAAGGUCACUUCAGCUGACCACGUCCCAGACCAACUAAACAAAGCCUGUUCCUUCAGCAAGUCUUCCAACAGCUGGUCCCCAGUAGAAGGCACUGCUGAUAUCUGUCACUGCUGUAACAAGGGCAGCUGUGGCAGUCGUUCCAGGAGACUGGUGGGACAGCGACAAGAGUCUGCUUCCCGCAGGCGCAGGCACGUGACAGAAGAGGCAGAUGUCACAGUGGGGCCACUGAUCUUCGUGGAGAAGACUGCUAACCCUGACGUGGAGGAGUCGACCUCUUCUCUCACCUCUUUGAUGCUGGGGUUAGUCCUAGCGAUGGUGGCUUUCCUGACACUGGCCAACAUUGUUCUGGGUCUUGCCAAGUGGCGUCGGGCUGCUUUCCACCCUGUGAAGUGA